UUUAGAUAGAUAUUUUCUGAGUCAGGUUGCCAGUUUUGUUUUCUAUUAAUUUUCUUCUGAAUGCUAUGCAGACUGCAUCAAGGCCAUAUUGAUAUAUAGACUGCAUAGCAUUCAGACGGGUUGGCAAUUGAAAGUCUGACCGUGUCAGUGUCAGUGUAUGAAAUACUUGUUUGGCUAAUAGGUACUUUAACUUACCACUACCUACUGACCUGCUACCUAGCCACUGAACCUAUGCCUACAUCAUGAGACGGGUCCAGCUCUAAACUCUGACAAUUAUGAGCCUUCAUGCAAUGAGACUGCUGACUGCUGGGACCAGGUUCCUGGUCGGACCGGCCAGGCCCACACAGCUCAGUCACCUGCUGAGUAGUGUAGCUGGUCCCAGCGCACGCAGCAGACAGAAGGAGCGCCGUGACACACGCCGUGAGCUGCAGGAGCGCGCCGAGCAGCUGCUGCUCGCCACUGCCUCAGCGGCGCGGCCGCCGAGUGGCGCCGACUGGGAGCGCGCGGUGGCCGAGUACCGGCGCCUCGUGCCGUCCGCCAGUCCCCACGCUGUCGACCACCGGGCACUGGCCGCCUGCCGGCUGCCGGACGGCGGCGUGGCGCUCCCGGCGGCCAUCUCCCUGCUCCGACACCGUCAGGAGCAGGGCACCGUGCCGCCCGCCAACCUCGCCCUCUUUCUCGAGCUGCUGGCCUCGUGUGACGCCGCCGCGCGCGACGCCGCCGAGCCGGAGACGCUGGCGGCGCACGCGGCGCUGAGCGCGGCGCCGCUGGACCGUGUGAGCGCCACACGGGCCGCGGUCGGUCUCUGCGCCACCCGGCACUGGCGGCUGGCGGUGCCACUGCUGACUGUGGCGCGGCGCAGCGGCCCGCCGCCCCGCACCGCGCUCUCGGCGCUGGCAGCGGCGGCGCUGCGGGCCGGAGAGGACGCCCUCGGCUGGGAGGUGCUCGAGGAGCUGUCUGCCCUCCGGUUGCGGCCGACUGAUGACGCGCUGGACACCUGGCUGGAGCGCUGUGAGACGAGGGCGCGCGCUGAGGCGCGGCUGGAGCUCCGCGGUGAUCGGCCGGGGGAACGGCGCACAGAGGUCGGACCGGCGGCCGAGUCGGCCGAGCAGAUGGUGCUCCGGCUGCUGGAGUUCCUCUCCGACAGCGGGGUGAUACUGAGUGAGGGCCAGGUGGUGAGACUGCGGGACCUGUGCACACAGCGGCUGGCGCGGCCGUGGGUCGGCGAGGCCACCCAGGUGUCCAGCAGAGGUCGCUGCGAGCACUGCGGGCUGCACCUCCCGCCCGACCGUCUCAGCGUCGCCGAUUUCCGCGAGGUGCGCGACGCCCUGGAGCGGCGCGUGCUGAUCGGCGAGGACGUGUUCCAGACGUCCACUCCUGAGGAGGUGGAGCGCUUCAGGAGCUUCGUGGAGCGCACGGCGCCCUAUGACGUGGUGGUGGACGGCCUGAAUGUGGGCUUGGCGACCGCCGGCGUCCGGGGCGGCGCUCCCCUCUCAGCUGCGCUGGUGCAGGUGGUGGAUCAUUUCGCCGUGCAGCAGGGUAAGAAGGUACUCGUGGUCGGCCGGUACCACAUGCGUGGCUGGAAGAAGGCCGACAUGGGCUACGUCAAGAGGCACGCCCUUCUCUUCACCGCCGACAACAUGUCUUCGGACGAUGCGUUUCUUCUGUACGCCGUGAUGCACUCUCACCCUGGCACGCAGUUUGUGACGCGCGACUUCUUCCGAGACCACGCCGCCCGGCUGCCCGACGAGACGCGCUCCAAGUUCAACCGGCUGAUCCGCACCAACCGGCUGGCUGUGGAGGGCGUCACGCGCAACGGAAACCUCAACAUCAAGAUGCCGAUCGUACACUCUGUGCAGGCGCAGUGUGACCCGGCCGGCCGGUGGCACGUGCCGUUCUGUGACCCGGCCCAGGUCAGCUUCAGCACGGCCACGCCCAGUCCGACUCAGCCGGUCACCGAUAGGUGGCUCUGCCUGCAGCCGCCGCCGCCGCACCGGUGACGACUCGCCUCAGAGUUAGGACGCACUGUGUGAUACCUGUUCAUGAUUGAUAAAGCGUUUCUUUUGAGGCGUGUCAGCUCGAUUGCUCAACGGAGAAAUAGAUAAAACGAUGUUCGAUUGAGUGACCAUGUUAGCUGCUGUCGGUGUCAAGUUUUUGUAAGGUGUGUGAGCUUCGUCAUUGCGUCUGUGCGAUACCUCGAGCUCCACUGAGCUGCGCUGCUCGAGUUAGUUGACGUUACAUUUUGGAACGCCCUUCCCUGGGUGUGAUGAACUCCGUGACGUGGUGAUGUUUGCAACGUCGCGUUUUAUAUGACGUCAGUCAUGUUGUAAGCGUUUUUGCCUUGUUGCUCGGAAGGUGAUAUUUUUUUUCUUCAGGUUCACUGCGAGUGUCCGAGACGAUUAGAGCUCAGUCAAAUAAACAGUUUCGGAUAUAGCUAAGAAAUCGUGACCGAGCAGUUUUCAGACUAGGUCUUUGAUGCUUGGAUUUGAAAUGUUAUAAAUUGUCCGUUUAAAUGAACGAAAGCAUAAAUAUAUUAUGUUGAACACUG